AAAAAUAACAAAAAAAGGAAAAUCAUAAGGAUUGGCAUCUUGAGAAGAUGAAAGGAGGGGCACUGCUGCUUCAACUAUGGAAUCCACCACCACGUUUCCACACUCUCUCUCUCCCAUCUCUCUCCUCUCCUCUUCCUCUCUCAAUCUCCGCCACCCAACAACAACAACUCCUCACAGCUAAAGAGAGAAGACAGUUAAGAAACGAACGAAGAGAGAGCAGUAACUGGAGAGAAGAAGUUGAAGAUAAACUCAUUAAGAAGACUAAGAAAGAGAAUAAAUCAUGGAUGGAUGAACUCAACCUUGAUAAUUUAAUGAAAUUGGGUCCUCAAUGGUGGGUUGUUCGUGUUUCGCGUGUUAAGGGUCACUAUACUGCUGAAGUUCUCGCUCGUUCUUUGGCUAAGUUUUUUCCUGACAUGGAUUUUAAGGUAUAUGCUCCUGCUAUCCAUGAGAAAAGGAGAUUGAAGAAUGGUUCCUACUCCGUUAAACCAAAGCCUCUUUUCCCGGGUUGUAUUUUUCUGAGAUGUGCGUUGAACAAACCACUGCAUGAUUACAUAAGAGAGUAUGAUGGUGUUGGUGGCUUUAUUGGAUCCAAGGUUGGAAAUACAAAAAGACAGAUUAAUAAACCAAGGCCAGUAUCUGAGGAAGAUAUGGAAGCAAUCUUCAGACAGGCAAAAGAACAACAAGAAAAUGCCGACAAACUAUUUGAGGAAGAAGAGAAAAAUGCUGUCCUAAACUCUGGGAAAUCCAAUAAAGAGUUAGAACUAGAUGUUUCAAAAACCAUUGUCGAUUCUAAGCCUAAAAGGGGUUCGAGAAAAACAUCUAUCCAGGCCACAGUCACAGAAGCUACACCUUCUAAACCGGAUUAUAAACUUCUUGUUGCGGGUUCCACUGUUCGUAUUAUAUCUGGAUCGUUUUCAGGGUUUGCAGGUACCCUCAAGAAGCUGAAUCGCAGAUCCAAAAUGGCAACGGUGCAUUUAACCAUAUUCGGGAAAGAGAACAUAGUAGACCUAGAUGUUAGUGAAAUUGCUCCAGAGACUAAUGAAUCCCUUUAGGUUCUCUCCCCUCACCUGAUGGUAUGUUUCACUCUGAAAAUAAAACUUUCAAGAGUUGAUCUUUCGAGUUUUUCCACUUGUCGACAAAGUCCCUUUUCUUAAAGAAAAUUUAAUGAUUUUUUUACCUAGUGCAUAGUUGUAUAUUAUGAACAUGUACUUGUGCUUAAUUUCCAAAAAUGAAAUAUGAGAUGUUUAUAGACUGAGCCUAAAAUUUGAAAGGGGUUUGUUGCAUUA